AUGGAUAAAUUGAAAAAGGCACGUUCCACUGCUCGUGCGGCGUUUACUCGCAUUCUGGGCUCAUUGCAUGCCGAGUUAGAGAAAGAGAGGCCAGAUAACACGGAAUUACAAGUACGCCUCGCGAUGAUAAGAGAAAAGGCGAGCCAAUUAGAAGAAUUUAACCAGAAGAUUUUCGAGGUUAUGAUCGACAGUGAUCUCAGCGAGGAAGUUUUAACACAGGAAACUGAAAUAGCCGAUGAAUAUCGGAUGAAGUACCAGCAAGCGAAAAUAACAGUAAAUAAUAUAGUAGAACCACCUCAGGCAACGAUCCAUGUGGAAGAUAUCAGGCAAGUAGCACAAAUUUCUAGAGACAGUGCACGCACUUACAAAUUGCCAAAGAUACAAUUGCCGAAGUUUGGCGGAGAUCUUAAAGAUUGGUUGCAGUUCUGGAGCCUAUUUAAGCACAUCCACGAAGAUCCAAACAUCACCAAGGAAGAUAAAUUUCAGUACCUGAUCCAAGCGAUGAGAAAAGAUUCUCGAGCGAGCGUAUUGGUCAAUAGUUUUCCGCCGACAGCUGCAAAUUAUGAAAAGGUCAUUGCAAGCUUGAAGUCACGUUUUGGCAGGGAAGAUUUGCUCGUCGAAGUUUACGUAAGAGAAAUGCUCAAGUUAGUAUUAAAUCAAUCAGCAAAGUCGAGUUACACUUCUUUAUCUAGUAUCUAUGAUAAACGCAAUUACGAGCCUUAG